CUUGUAGUGUAUAUAUUGCAUAGUGUAGUGCGAAUUAUGGGCUCAAAAUAAGGCUGGAUCUGUGAGUACAGUUUGAAAAAAAGUUUUUCAGGGAUAGUGUUCACAACACCAUGCCACCCACAGAGCCGUCGCAUCAGGAUGGGCACAACGCCUUAUCGGCAUUGCAAGACUCUGUGUAUGGCACUAGGACACACACGCAGGGCGCUAGAUAUCAGAUUCCCAGGAAAGUUCCCCUGAGGAUCGAGCCCAAGACCUACUUUGCUAAUGAGAGGACGUUCCUGGGGUGGCUCAGUAUGGCAGUGACCAUUGGCAGCGUCUCAGCAGCUCUUGUGGGUUUCACAGCGUCAGAGGAGAAAGGGAGCUCAGGACCAAUCACUCAGAACACAACCAACCUCAUCACCGUCCUCCUGCUGCCAGUCUCCAUCCUGAUGGUCGGCUAUGCUCUCACCACCUUCUACAUGCGCAGCGUGUACCUGGGCAGGAAACAGAUGGGCUUCUAUUUGGACUGGAUAGGCCCCACUGUGCUGUGCGCGCUAGUGAUGACCGUGCUGACGACCAUCAUGGUUGUGGCCUUCGUCCAAAUAUUGUCAUACCAGGGAUGAGUGUUGCCCGGCACGCCUGCCGGACAGUUGCAGUAUUGCACCAAGCAGGAUCAAUGCACAAAUUUGUGCACUGCUCAAGGCUUGCAGGGGAUGAGCUCAGCAUUGGGAGAAUUAGAGUGCUGAAAAUGCACGAGAGACAGUUGUAGGGGCUGGAGAGCUUAUAUAAUGAACACUCCUUGAAAGAGCUUUUGACGCUGAGACUAACUUGAAGGUGCUAUAUAGUAUUCUUUUGGACUAAGAACAAUUGAACGAUGGGUUUCCAGAUUCAUGACCCUGCCAUGCUCUUAUAUUACCAGAGACAAGGUUGUGUUGCCGCACAGAUUGUGUUGACCACUUUCUGGGGAUCAAAAGUCAAGAGCGGCGUUGACUGAACAUUUGGUAGGCAUAAGUAUGCAAAGUUACUGUAUGGCUAGUGACGUCAUCUGUUAUGUUGCCUGAAAGGAUUGCUGGCAGGAGAGGCCUUGCAUGCAUGGUGGCUGAAUUGACUCUGAUCAGUGAAUACCGUAUGUGACAGCGAUGCAAUUUUCUUUCUAUGUCCUUGAAGCUAUUUGGGCACUCACAUAUGUUUGUGCCCCAGUGGCCAAUCGGACUACAUAGUGGCUUGCCCCAAUGACACCUGUGCACAGGUAGAAGCAACAUUUUGCCGGUGAUAUAAGAGUGCAAGGACGAGUGUUUUUCCUUUACAUUGUAAUCUACCAUUCUACUUC